UCCCGAACACUUCACAGGACACAGUGUUCGUUUCUUUCUUGUCUUGAAUUUACUUCGUUGUAGAAUAGUUCUUCCCCUUCAUUCAUUAGAAACUACAAAAUAAUGAUUGAAUUAAGAAGCGAAACAAUCUGGUUUGACCAAAGAAAGUUUGAAGAAGCAGAGAGUCACUAUCAAAGGUCGCUUGUUUCGAAAGGAGACACAGUACAAAGUCCACCUCGUUCAAGCAUUGUUGACCAAAUAGCAAAAGCAAGAGAAACUAUUAAACAGACCUUGGAACAGGAAAAAGGGUCUGAUGAAUCAUGUGUCUCAGGUGUAGGACAACGAUUGGGUAAUCUUGAAAAAGAAAAUCAACAAUUAAAAGAAGCAAUAAGAAACAUUCAAGCAAGUCUCACUAAAUUGGAAGAAAGAGUAGCAAAUAUAGAAAUUACAAAAGGCGGUGAAGCACCUACAAGCAAUGCAAAAACUGAGCCUGUGAAGACUGAGAGUAAGGAUGUUGAUGACGAGGAUGACAGCGAUGAUGAUUUAUUUGGCUCAUCGGAUGAGGAGGAAAAAGAGAGAAUUAAACAAAUUCGAAUCCAACAGUAUACAGAAAAGAAGGCAAAAAAAGCUCCUGUGAUUGCGAAGUCAAAUAUUAUUUUGGAUGUUAAACCGUGGAGCGAUGAGACAGAUAUGGCAAAGUUGGAAGAAUGUGUUCGUUCUGUUACUUUAGAUGGUCUUGUCUGGGGAAAAUCCAAACUUGUUCCGGUUGGUUAUGGAAUUAGGAAACUUGCAAUCACUUGUGUCGUUGAGGAUGAUAAAGUUGGUACAGAUGACUUGGAAGAAGCCAUCACGAAAUUUGAGGAACACAUCCAAAGUGUCGAUGUCGCCGCAUUUAACAAAGUGUAACGACUUAAUGUAAUAGCCAAAUAAAAUUGAGAUAAAUUGUGAA